CAGACCAACCUUAUAUGGACUGAUCGGACAAGGUAAUGGCUUAUUUCCCUGUAGCACCCAGCAGUAGCACAAUAUCCAUGAGCCACAUAUAGCACUUCAGCCACUUUGGCAUCCUUCCUGGACUUAAAGAGACUGAAUCCACUGCUACUACUCGCUUAGGCAAUGGUUAUCCACAGUGGCUGCUUUCACUGUACUUCAGCGUAGAGCGACACUUACUCGUCCUAUUUUUCUGAAAAAUCGCUUCUGCUUUUUGUUGUUUUCUUUCAAAAACAGCGGAUUGUCCGAAAAGCUGGUGCAGCAACUUUCCCCGCAUAUUUCCCCCCCCACCAGAAUAUGUCGUUGACCAACACAAAGACGGGCUUUUCUGUAAAGGACAUUUUGGACCUUCCUGACACAAAUGACGAAGAAGGAUCUAUCACCGGAGCGGAGGAAGACACGGAGGGAUCGGAGACCACGUCCACGACAAAAACCACUGGAGUUUUGGUGCAAAGUCCUCUAGAAAACGUUCAAAAUCUGCCUUUAAAGAACCCCUUUUAUGACAGUAGUGACAAUCCUUACACACGAUGGCUUGCUACAACGGACAGUAUUCAAUAUUCAUUGUUUCUCCCGUUUCUGGCCGCAGUGCACGGGCUAUCCGCCAGCUCUCAGGACUCCGCAAAGUCCCCGGAGCCUUCAGCGGACGACGAAUCGCCGGACAACGACAAGGAAACUUCCAGCAGUGGCGGGAGCGACUCCGGCAAGAAGCGGAAAAGGAGGGUGUUGUUUUCCAAGGCGCAGACCUAUGAGCUGGAGCGCCGCUUCAGACAGCAGAGGUACCUGUCUGCCCCGGAGAGGGAGCACCUGGCCAGCUUGAUCCGCCUCACCCCGACCCAAGUGAAGAUCUGGUUCCAGAACCACCGAUAUAAGAUGAAGAGAGCCCGGGCCGAGAAAGGUAUGGAAGUGACCCAUCUCCCUUCUCCCAGGCGGGUGGCCGUGCCCGUCUUAGUCAGGGAUGGAAAGCCUUGUCACACUCUUAAAGCUCAGGACUUGGCGGCCACUUUUCAGGCCGGGAUCCCCUUUUCGGCAUAUAGUGCCCAGUCACUCCAACACAUGCAGUAUAACGCGCAGUACAGCGCCGCGGCCACGCCACAGUUCCCCACAGCACAUCACUUGGUGCAAACGCAACAGUGGACUUGGUGAGAGAAAUUAUAGAGACUUGGCUUGGAGGCGCGAUAGGGAGUUUCACCACAAAGCAAAGAAAAAAUAAAACACACAAACAAAAGACUUUUCAUUUUUGCAGCUUGACUCAUAUAUAUACUACCAUUUUUAUUCGGGGCUCAUGUGUGCGCCGUGUUUACAUGUUUUCGUUAAGAGAACUGGGUCCAAACCUCUCCCAUAUAGAUUUUAUUAAGAAUGUCAAUGCUCUUCUUGUGAAAUUUCUUUUGUAAGUAUGUUGUGUGUUGGUUGUAGAGAUGUUUCCUCUUUUUUUUUUUUCUUUUGUCCCUUCGUGUUAUUAUCAGCACGUACGAACCACUUUAUAAUUAUAGAAAUUUUAAUUUCUUGCUUCUUUUAUGGACCGAAAAAAAAUAUUUAUGGCCAUGAAUAAA